CUGAGCAGCGUCGCUUGCGCCUCUACCGCCGCUGUCACCGCCGUUUGUCUCUCUACCCGGCUGAGGAGAUGACCGUGGGGAGGUCUGCAGGAGCCUCCGGCGGCGCUCAGUGGAGCCAUCAGAUAUUUUCCCCCAAAUCCUCCUCAGACACAGACGCAGACGAGGAGCUGCAUGGGGAUGGGCUGGUUUUGCCCAGGGCCAGCAAACUCAGUGAGUUCCUCAGUCCAGAGGAGGAGACAGACUCUACUUCUGACUCAACUGGGAGUUUUUUCGAGACUCUGCAGGCACUGAGGCAGAAAGACAGGCGGUGCCGGUUGGAAUCCCUCUAUCCGUCUGACCCAGACAGUGAUGAGAGCCUCUCUGAAGAGGAUGAGGACCCGGAGCGUUUCUUCCAAGACAAAGGCAGGGGGAAGCCACAGGUGCAGUACCCCCCAUCUGCGAGGUGUGGCUCCGUGAGGCGCUGCAGCUCCUGGGGCACCCUGCCCUCCCGUACUCCCAAGGCUCAUCCACAGCCACCGUCCGGCUUCAGGCCUCCCUCCCGGCACAGAAGCAUCAGCUCCUGGGCGUCAUCCAUCACCGUCCCUCAGCCGUUCCGCAUGACGCUGCGCGAGGCCAGGAAGAAGGCGCAGUGGCUCGCCUCCCCGGCCUCCUUUGAGCCUGAGAGGCGGCAGGCCGAGAAACAGGGCUGGGAGGAGGCCGAGUGCCACCGGCAGUUCCGGGCCCAGCCCGUGCCCGCCCACGUCUACCUGCCCCUCUACCAGGAGGUAAUGGAGCGCAACGAGGCGCGCAGGCGGGCGGGGAUCCAGAAGAGGAAGGAGCUGCUCCUCUCUUCCUUGAAGCCCUUCAGCUUCCUAGAGAAGGAGGAGCAGAGAAAGCAAGCUGCUCUGCAGAGGCACCUGGCCACCACUGCCACUACAGCCAAAGUCCCCAAGCAGAAGGCCACCAGGAGGAUCCCCAAGUCCAUUCUGGAGCCAGCCCUCGGGGACAAACUCCAGGAAGCUGAGCUCCUUAGGAAAAUUCGCAUCCGUAUGAGAGCCCUAGACACGCUCCAGAAGGCCUCAUCCCCCAUCGCCCCCUCCAGUAGCCAGGCUGACCGACAGCCUCGAGCAGCCACACGGACCCGGGAGGAAAAGCUUGGGUUUCUGCACACUGACUUUGGAUUCCAGCCUCGGGUGAAUCCUGCCAUCCCUGAUUACGAAGAACUUUAUAAGGCCUUCCAGAAGCAAGCUGCCAAGAGAAGAGACACCCGGGAGGCAACGCGCAACAAGCCCUUCUUGCUGAGAACUGCCAGCCUGUGUCACACUCGGAGGCCCUGUGAUGUCGCCGCCUCUGAAGGUAGAAAGGAAUCUCCAGAGCCACCCGCCACACGCCUGUCGAGGAGUCGUUCUCUGAAUGGCCUUGCUUCCCUCUCUGCCAACACCCUCCCUGUACAUAUCACAGAUGCCACCAGGAAGCGGGAAUCUGCGGUCCGAUGUUCACUUGAGAAAAAGGACAAAGCAGAUGAAAGUACUCAGUGGUUGGAGAUGCACAAAAAGAAGUGUCAGGCAAUAUCUAAAUCUGUCACUUUGCGUGCAAAAGCCAUGGAUCCCCAUAAGAGCCUGGAGGAGGUGUUCAAAGCAAAGCUCAAAGAGAAUCGGAACAAUGACCGUAAAAGAGCAAAAGAGUAUAAGAAAGAACUGGAGGAAAUGAAGGAAAGAAUACAAAGGCGGCCUUAUCUCUUCGAACAGGUUACCAAGGACCUUGCCAGGAAGGAAGCAGAACAGCGGUAUCGAGACACCCUGAAGCAGGCUGGGCUGGAUGAAGACUUUGUGAGGAACAAGGGUCAGGGCAGCCGGGCUCUACAGUGGAAGGAGCAGUGGGAAGUCGGUGAUUGUCCCAGCACUCAUGAAACUACAAAAGUUGGCAUCAGGAAUCCACAGCAGGAUUUAGAAGAAUCUCUGGAACAGAUUUCAAGUCCCAUGAAAGAACUGAAGGAGCUGUCUUACGAAUUACCAGAUAAUCUCAGAACACUUGCUUAAUAAGGAUACUUACAAUACUGCUUUUGAAUAGUAUCAAGCAGCAAACUUGGGGUUGAGUCAAGGUGGGCAAAACUUGGAUUUUUGAGUCAUGGUUACUUCUGGAGAAUGGGGGGGAAGAAAAAUAGAUAACAGAGAAUAAUCCAAGUUAAAUCAAAGUGAGAAGUUCGAGAUGGAGAGAUCAGAGCUGAUUAAUGGUUCUUUGUGCCUCACACUUAAGUAUAGGUACAGAAAAAAAGGUGUAAGUCUUCCUGGUCAGGAAACAAAUGGGUCAUAUGGGCUAGCCGUAAGAUAGCAGGAGAUAAAAAAGAGACUGGAAAAUAUUGUCCUGCUGGACUAUGGGCCUAGAAUUGCCAGAUAAACCACAUUUUCAACAGAAACCAGAAAUUUGCAUGUUGGCAACUAAAAAUUACUGGGAAUCCCCUGGUGGUCCAGUGGUUAAGACUCUGCUUUCACUGCCAAGGUGCAGGUUCAUUCCCUAGUCAGGGAAUUAAGAUCCCACAAGCUGCAUGGCCCACCCCCACCCCCACCCCCAAAUUAUUUGGAAAUAAUGUGUGGGCAAAAUUAUUCACAUUUGUGGAUCAGAAUUAGCCCAUGGGGGAUGACACCUUUGCGACCCAAAAUACAGGGUUUCUCAGUCUCAACACUAUUGACAUUUUGGGUCAGAUGACACUUUGGGGUGAGGGAGCUAUACACUGUAGAAUGUUAAGCAGCACCCCUGGCCUGUACUCACUAAAUGCCAAUAGCAUCCCUCUCCCCAGUUCUGACAACCAAAAAUGUCUCCAGAUAUUGCGAAAAGUCCCCUGGGUAGCAAAAUGUCCUUGGUUGAAGAUCAUUGUUCUAGUAUAAAAAUAAGUGUAAGUUCUCGUAUAAAACUGGCAUUUUUAAAAUAGAAGUAUGAACUCAGGGUAAUUAUGCAUGUCAUUAACAAACUAAGAACUAUCACUGUAAUUACUUUAUUUAAAACAGCAGUUAAUUCUUUGCUGUAUCUUCUCAGAAUGUGCCACUGUGUGCAUGUAUGUACUGUGUCAGCAUGAGGUUCAUUUUAAUAAAUUUGAAACUUCUUCUGACAGCCA